CGCCAUGACCCUGGGCUGCAGCAGCGGGAGCAGCCGGCCGUGCGGCUUGCUGGCUGCGCCCUCUCCAGAGGAGGAGGACGAUGACGAGGCGCUGUCCGACGUGGAAGACAUCGACGUGGUGGGGCCUCCGCACGAGCACGGCCUGGCUAAGUUCAGCGAGGACGACGACGAGGAAGACGACGACGACGAGGAGGAGCUGCACCUCCUGCCCAAGCAGGCGGCCCGCGGGAGCCUCUCUCCAGCCCAGGGAGGCCCGGAGGCCGCGCUGGGGGACAGCCACGACACGGCGGUGGCGGCAUCGGCGCCAGUUGCGCCAGCCUCCUCCUCCUCUUCUUCCUCCUCCUCCUCUUCGUCGUCGUCGGGCGCUUCGGGGUCCGGCAAGAACCCCCUGGUGAAACCCCCGUACUCUUACAUAGCGCUCAUCACCAUGGCCAUCCUGCAGAGCCCAAAGAAGCGGCUGACGCUGAGCGAGAUCUGCGAAUUCAUCAGCGGCCGCUUUCCCUACUACCGGGAGAAGUUCCCCGCGUGGCAGAACUCCAUCCGCCACAACCUGUCGCUCAACGACUGCUUCGUCAAGAUCCCCCGCGAGCCGGGCAACCCGGGCAAGGGCAACUACUGGACUCUGGACCCGGAGUCGGCCGAUAUGUUCGACAACGGCUCCUUCCUGCGCCGGAGGAAGCGCUUCAAGCGGCAGCAGCAGCAGCUCCACCCGCAGCCUCCCGAGCUCCUCUUGCGCGCCGCCGCCGCCGACCCGGCCGCCUUCCUCCCCGGCUUUGCCUACGGACCUUACGGCUACAACUAUGGGCUCCAGCUGCAGCUUCCACCACCACCACCAUCACCACCACCACCCAGCAGCGGGGGCCGGGGGCGGCGGGCGGCGGGGACGUUCCCCUUCCAGCCUCCUCCUUGCGCCCUGCCGGCACCGCCGGGACCCGGAGCCUCGGCGGCCGCGCCGUCCGUUUUCUCCAGCGGCCUCUCGUCGUUCCUGGGCGGCGACCUGAGUUGCAGGAAAGCCUUCUACCCCGCCGGCCAGCUCAGCCCCACCGCUUCCCUCCUGCAGAGCCUCAAGGCGGACCAGGGAGCCGGCAGCAGGCCUUCCUUUUCAAUAGACAACAUCAUCGGAGGAGGAGGAGGCGGUGGCGGCGCGGCCCCCCCGCCGUCCGGUAGCUCCACCAGCAGCGCCCCCGCUUCGCCCUUCCCGGCGGGCCACGCCGGGGGCCAAGCGCAAGUCCUGGCGAUGCUUUCUCCGGCUCUGACGCCCUUACCGAACCAUUUGAAUCUGACCCACGAGUCCCUCCUGCACUCCGGACAGAACUUUUCCAGCAAACUCACAAACCUCAACAGUUGUCCUUUUUAAAAACGCUACAAGGACCAGCCACCAUUACUCGCCCCACCCCCGAGAUCCUAACCCACAACCCCUCCUGGCCUCUCUGCCCCCCUCCCCUCCAUUCUCACAAUUGCCCUCUCAUUGUGUUUUAAAAGGUAGGAACUCUUCCUUUUUUGAGAACUGUUCGGGAGUCUGGAUCGAUUCUGUGUGUAUGUCUCUCCCUCUCUCCAUGCGUGUUCAGGAUUCGUAAUGUGUUUUAGGAGGAGGGUUGCUGUGGAGGGAGGACGGGGGGGGGGCGGAGAAGAAGAACCGACCACCUCACGGAUUUAUUUUAAAAAGUAGUGUUUCUUAUCAAAUGACUUCUGGCAGCUUGAUUUCAUUUUAAAAACAGGGCCUAUUUUAAUUAAGCAUUAAGGCUGGGAUCUUAAGCUUCCCAGGUAGAUUUUCUGAUGGGGUCAGAAUGGCCCUAUUUUCCCCAACACUUCUUUUGAGAGUAUGUAGGGCGAGUCCCUUAAAAUCGUCUCUCUGCCGCAUUCUGUGUAGCUGUGCUUUCCCGGUGCAGAUCUCCCAGGAGGGUUGGCCGUAGCUUCCUAGCAGUCCGCUCCGCCAUCCAAAUACGAUGGGCAGAUCCUAGGCACGUUUACUCAGAAACAAGUCCUACGAUUCAGUGAGACCUGCUCUCGGAUAGGUGUGAAAUCAGCAGCCGCAAACCUUUCGGCUUAAGUGGCUGGAGGCGGAGCAUCAGAAAUACUCCACUAGUAGCAUUUCUCUUAAACAAAAAAAAAUAAGUCCCCAUAUGGUUUCCUACCUCUGUUAUUCCUCCGCCCCCAAGGAGAAUGUCUGUUGAACGUAGUUAACAUUGAAAGUCUCUGUCCCCCAAAAAAGAGGAAACCGGAAUGCUAAAAGAAGUUGGGAGAUUUCAAGUGCACAUCUCAAAAGACCCGUGCUACAUCAGGAAGUCCCCUAUUAUCCAAUCACCCGCCUCCUCUCCGCCCCUUCAACGUGUGUGUUUCUUGUGUAUCUGGACUUAUUUGUGUGUGUAUAUAUUGUGCACCCACCAGAGCCUCCUUAGCUCUCCCUACUAGCUGUGCAUCCUUUCUAUUUUAUUGAAAGAAUUGUGAAUAAUUUGAUGUGGAAAAGGCAACGUAAUUUUUUUUUGUCCACCUUUGGUGUAAAUUAAUAAAUGUUUGUGAUGUCUUUUAAAGAAACCCAGUGGGUCUCGCUAUCGGCUUUCUUAAC